CCAACUCACAGAGAUCCACCUGCCUCUGCCUCCCGCGUGCUGGGAUUAAAGGUGUGCGCCACUACACCUGGUGGAAAUUUUCUUAAUUGGUGAUUGAUCAGGGAAUGCCCAGCCCAUGUGGGUGGUCCUGGGUUAUAUAAGAAAGCUGGCUGAGGAAGCCACGAGGCUUCCAUGGCCUCUGCAUCAUGCUCCUGAUUCCAGGUUCCCCUGCCUCGGCUUUUCUCUGUAUGCAGGAUAUGGAAACCAAAUGAAACCUUUUCCUCCUGAAGUUGCUUUUGGUUAUGUUUCAUUACAGCCUAAGUAAUCCCACCCUCUGGCCAAUUAGACUUGGACCUAAAAAGGAGGGCAGUUCAACAGGAGGGAGGGAGAGAUUGGCCUCAAGGUGUAGGAGAUCCCACUGAUCAUCCAUCCACGCACAGCCUGUGCCCCACUGCCACUCCUCCCUGUUGCCCCCCCGUCCCGCCCCCGCGCCCGCUGCAGAUAAAAAGCCCAGCCUGGCUCACAGACUACAUCCCCUGCUCCCGCCCGCCUCACAGCUCCAUGGCCCGGUGCGGGACGCUGGUGGUCGCCGCCCUGGCGCUCAUCUCGCUGCUGCCGCCGCCGGCCCUUGCAUGGUACAAGCCUGCGGCGGGACCCCACCACUACUCGGUGGGCCGCGCCUCGGGGCUACUGUCCAGCUUCCACAGGUCCCCGUCCACACGACGCUCCGAGUCGCCAGCACUCCCUGUCGGAACCGGACCGCUACGCUUGGAGAUGCGCUCCAGCCUAAGGAGCCUUCCUCCACCGCCCACCCAGGCCCUGUGUGUCAAAGACGUGACCCCGAACCUGCAGAGCUGCCAGCGGCAACUCAACAGCCCAGGGACUUUCCAGUGUAAGGCGGACGUCUCCUUGUCGCUGUGGGAGGCGGAAUGCCCUCGGCCUGAGCCCUGAACCCCAACCCCAACCUCGGCUGGCUGUGGUGGGUGACCCCCCUGCUCACUCUUGCUUGAAGCUGCAGCAGGCCCUGUCAUGUGAGUUGGCGUUUGUUUCCCCCCCAACUCCUACCAUGCUCCACAGCAAGUAGCUCAAUGAAUAAAGAAGCAAAACCGUC